UUGUGUGUAGAAAAGGCCAGGGCCUAGACUAGAGCGAGAAGUCUUUGCAGGACAUUUUCAAAAAAAAUUAUUUAAUUGAUAUGAAAGUCUAGGUUCAGUGUACUAAGUUGGUAAUCCAGUUAAGUGAGUGCAACAUUUCCAGCAGAAUGUGACCAUUUUGGUGAAUUGCUUAAAGUCGGAUGUUAAACUGCUUAAACUGCAACCUCUCAACCCACACAAAGGAUCGACUAUCACACUAUGGAUGACAAAGUUAGUCGCAGCUCAGCUGACUCCUUGUCUGUGACGGAUGAGUUUGUGGUUGUCACGCCCAACUCAGAGAAGGCGGCCGAGCCAGCCCCGGACAACGUGUCCACGGCCUCGGCUGAGAGCAUGGGGCUGAAGAUCGUGGGCAACGGGAACAUGGAAGACCUGAAGCAGCACCUGGACGAGAUGCUGAGCGGAGACCAGUCGGACAGCAACGGCGGUCACAGAGCGCCCUCUGUGGGCGGCAGCGGGCAGGAGACCCCGACCAAUGGCGGCCAGUUCCGGGGGCGGAGUGUGAGUGAACCCGCCCAGAGGGCCGGGAUGGUCUACACAGCCAACAACCCCUCCCACCAGCUGGGUGAUACUGGAGGGAGCCCCACCGGCCGGCCAAUGUCCAAGGAUGAUUUUGGUGAGCGGAUUCUCACUGGUCGUGUGGGCAGUUCACAGGUUAGGGGCCCGGGGUCGGCCGGGGAGAAAGAAGUGGACGAGGGUGGGCUUGACCCUUGGGAACCAAGGUCAGGCCCCGAUCGCCCGAACCGACUGAGUCCUUCGCACGUGGGCGUGGUCCCCAUGGACAAGAUCUGCACCCUCUUCUCCCGCAUCAUCUACCUGGGCGCGGCCACCGUCAAUGCCCCCAAGAGUGAGAUGGAGGCCACCAAGAACAUGUCCAUCCUUAAGCAGCAGCAGUCCCGCAACGCAAUCGAGAUUGUGCUGUCGGUUCCGCGGACCUCCGAAGGAUCAGUCAGAUUGCUGGAGACUGAUGGGAAGUCGGAGAUCUCAGCCUAUCGCAUCACCCGGAUCCUCUUCUGUUGCCGUGGGAGAGAGGGCACCAACAUCAGUGACUGCUUCGCCUUCACCUGCGGCCAUGGCAACCGAGACAGCCAGCUCUUCCAGUGCCACAUCUUCAGAUGCGAGGUCCCCGAAGCUGUCCAGCGAAUCCUAACUUGCUUCGGCCAAGCCUUCCACCGCGUGCCACGCAGCCCAGGCCUGGUGGACGGUGCCCCCGGUGCCCCCACCUCGCCCCGCGAGACCCUGAUGAGUUUCACCAUCCCCGUGCUGGUGGACAUCCGGGAGGACGACGGGCGGGGCAACUUUGGGGCGGUGCCACGGGACAAGCGCUGCUUCAAGCUGCGGCAGGGCGUCAAGAAGGAGGUGGUGGUGACCGUGCAGCAGAGCCACCACCGGGUCCUCAACAUAGAGAGAUGUUUUGGUCUUCUCAUCAGUCCAGGGAGAGAGGUACCAGACAGGGAGAUGCACCUCCUGGAUGUGGUUAAUCUUGAGACCAGCUCCGAUGGCAAGAAUUACACUGUCUACAGCAUGUGGGACCCCAACAAAGCAGACCUUGAGGUGCUCAACACCGAGUCUCCUCCAGGCCUGGAUAAAGGCAUGUUCAUGACCAUUGCCGUGGAUCUGGUGAUCACUGGUAUCCAGGAGCCAGUCCGAUUCGUUGUGGAGACCAAAGUGCGCAUCUUCCCCUCCACAGAGAAAUUCUGGUACUUCAACAAGAAGCCUGUGCACGAGUUCUUCUACCUGAUGCUAGAAGAGACGGAGGCGGCCGUGGAGAACGAGCCAGCCUACUCGGUCCUGAGCCUGGAGAGCGAGUCGCAACGAGAGCGGCGGCGGAUCCCUGCGCGCUCCCCCAGCAGCAACCUGGUACAGACCCCGGACAGCAUGACUUCAGUCCCCGAGGAAGAGAGUGACGACGAUGAGCCCCUGCAGAGCGGCUCGGGCAACGUGGACAAGGACUGCGAAGAGAGCAUCCUGCUGACUUGGGGUGACCUGCUGGCUAAGUGGCGGGCCAACCUGAGUGUGCGGCCCAAGCCCCUGCGCUCCAUGGUGCGCAAGGGCAUCCCCGAGGCCCUGCGGGGGGAGGUGUGGCAGCUGCUGGCGGGGGUCAAGGACUGUGAGGGGCUGAUGGAGGAAUACCGCGUCCUCAUCACCAAGAAUUCACCUGCUGAGCAAGUCAUCCUCGCAGACAUCACCAGAACGUUCACAGCCCACGAGAAGUUCCAGAACGAGAGCGAGGGAGGGCAGGAUGCCAUGUACAAAAUCAGCAAGGCCUACUCCGUGUACGAUUCAGAAGUUGGUUACUGCCAGGGUUUGUCCUUUCUUGCUGCUGUUCUCUGGUUACAUAUGCCGGAGGAGCAGGCCUUCGCCGUGCUGACCAAGAUCAUGUAUGACUAUCGCCUGCGCGACCUGUUCAUGAACAGCUUCGCCGAGCUCCACAUCAAGUUCUACCAGCUGGAACGGCUUAUAGAGGACAACAUUCCAGAUCUGUUUGCCCACUUUGUACAUAUCGGCAUCGAGGCUCACAUGUACGCGUCGCAGUGGUUCCUGACGCUGUACACGGCACGCUUCCCCCUCUACACAGUGUUCCACAUCAUGGAUCUCUUCCUGAUGGAGGGAAUGCCCAUUGUCUUCAAUAUAGCUGUUGCUCUCUUGAAGGCUGCCAAGAAAGAAUUACUAGGUCAGGACUUUGAGGGCGUCCUGAAGUACUUCCGCGUCACCCUGCCCAAGCGGUACCGCACCGAAGACAGCGCUCAGGAGCUCAUGCAGUCGGCGCUUGGCACCAAGAUCAGCAAUCGUAAGCUGAAGAAGUAUGAGAAGGAGUUUUAUGCCAUGAGGGAGGAUGAGGAUAGAGAGGACCCUCUGGAGAGGAUUGAGCGAGAGAACAAGCAGCUGAUGCACGCCAACAUCCGCUUGGAGCAGGAAAACGAUGAACUAGCCAGGGAGUUGAUAGUCCACAGACUUGCCAUGGAGAAACAACUAGAUAAGGAGCGGGACAGGGCUGACGAGCUGGACCGCGACCUGAAAGCCAUCAAGUUGCAGUUAUUGGACACGGAGGAAGAGAAUAAACACCUUGAGUCCGAAACGACGCAGAUCAAAGAAAUGUACCGAACGGGCAUGGAGAAAUCAGAGCUUGAUGCCAAACGGAAUGCCACCAUCAUCGCCGACUACAAGCAGAUUUGCUCGCAGCUGAGCGAGCGGCUGGAGAAACAGCAGACGGGGGCGAGGGAAGACAUGUACCGGUUACGGCGUAAGCUACAGACUUGCGAGCACUGUGCCAAUCUCAUUGAUGAAGACGGCAAACUCAACCAGUCAGCCAACCUGAUCCAAGCAACCGAGGAGGAGGAACCGGAACCAGAACUUGCCGCUGCCGAACAACAGAUCCGAGAGCUAGAGUUGGAGCUAGCCCAGACCAAACUCCAGCUGGUGGAGUCGCAGUGCCAGGUGCAGGACCUGGAGCACAAGCUCAGCUCCUCCCUGUCAGAGCUCCACGCCGCCCGUAACAACAGCUGGCUGCAGAAGACCUUCUCCUCUCUGAAAGACGCCACCACAGCCGCCAAGAAGGAAUGACGUCAGGGGAAAGGACAGCUCUGACCAGGAUCCCAGCUUGCACUUGAGCUGAUAUGUGUGCAGAAAACUUGCUAAGUGUGGGAAACUCUCGCUUAAUGAAAAUGGGUUACCAGCUAAAAUGCCAUGUGGUGUAUGUUGCUUACGACCAGCUCCCUUCCGACUUCUGUUUGGCACAUAAAUUUGUUUACAAUUCUUGCCCAUGUAGCUGCUUCUGUGACGUUUGGACUAAGUUGCCAUUGCGUUUAGCUGUUAAGUGGCGAAAAUGGCUUAGUGCCUUCAAGUUCAUCUUAGUGGAAACUGGUUUCCGGUCGGAAUCUCACAGUGUUCACUUAUCCCCACUGAACAGUGCUAAGCAUGCAAAAUCGCAUAGCUUUUUUUAUCGUGCCAUCCAAGUUUUAUGAAGCCGCUAGGUAGAAAAUGCCACUCAGCGAUUUUUGGAUGCUAAACAAAGAUUGGCCAGGAACCAGUCACAUUCAAUAUUAAACGCAUGGUAUUCUCACUGGUAACCUGUUUUGGCUGAGAAUGUGGUUAACACUCCAGAAACUGGUCACAUGUAUAGAGCUAUAUUAAAAUACAAGAGCUUGAACGUCCUGAGCACAGUCAUUUGAAUCCAUGGAUUUUGUUGAACAUGAUGAAAUGAGACGAAGUAAGAUGGAAUGAAGUCAGAAUUCCAUCUUUAUGGCCACAGGUUGUUUAAUUGUAUCCUCAACCUUUGUUUGACUGGGGACUUCCAAACUAAAAGUCACAUUUGGGGAAAUUCUACGAAUGUAUCCCAGAAUGACCCUCCCCCUUCUUGAUAGUGACUUGGUUGACGGGCUGUGCUGGUGUAUUCUUAACGAGGAGGUUCAUAUGUGUGUGAAGUUAACGUUUUUUCAAGAGCCAAAGGUACGUUUACUGGCUUUGUGGUUUUUUUAGUAGAAAAUGUAAGACAGAUAUGCUGAAUGAAGUGGUAUCAGUACGACAAAUAAUGAAGAGGCAGUUUUAUCUGUGGAAGAAAAAACUUGUGUAGAAGGAAUAUUGUGGAGAUUUUGGUAGCGUGGCCUGCCCAAGCAUGCCCAUCAGCUUUGCGCAUUAUCAGUAGAGGGCGCUAGACUCUUGCUUGCAGAUGCCAUUGCAAAACACAAGCAGGGACGAGAACUGUCCUUUUGACAAGAUAGGUACUUUUGAAAAGUGGAAGAUCUCCGGUUAGCAAAUUCAGUGCAGUGAUAGUCCUGUGUUCGGAUAUUUUGUGGCCAAAAAAUAAGUUACAAAAGGGAUUUUGUCCCCUAAAAAUUGAUCCUCAAGCCAAAUACCUGAUGAAGAGAAAGGGCAAAAUACAAAAGCUUGUUUUACACUCAAUGUUCGCAUUUUAUUUGGGUUUUCCUUGAUGAAGUUUACUUAACAUCUUCUGGCAGCUCAUUCGCCACAUGCAUGAAAAGGAUCAUUCGAGCAAAGCUCAUAACUUACGCUGUCUUGGUUUCUUAAAAUUUCUUAAAUCUCAGAAUUAAGUGCAAUCCUAAUAAUGCCUAGUGCAUCUUUGUACCUUCUUUUCCUUUUUGUAAAAAUCCUUUGAAAACAAUUGGAAGAGCCUUACAGUAUUGUUUUCGAUGGUUCCUUGCAUAACUUGUGCAACAUUUCUGCCCUUUUGCAUUAUAUAGAAAAGGCCAUUGUGGAUACUUGUAUACAGAGGUGUUAUGAAGUCAGGUGGAAAUGUCUGUCGGUAGGGAAUAGCUAACAGUGGUGUCAGUGUGGGCAAAAAAAAUGUGCAGGUGAAGUUGAAGCUCCUGUUUGCUCCAAAUCUUUGUACAUAUUGGAAUCGCAGAUUCAAUAUCUAACAACUGCCUCUAUUUAUGUUUAUCAAGUUUGGACUUUGUUUUAAUAUUAAGCCUUGGGUUUCCUAGCCAGAUAGUCUGAAGUUUGGGGCCUUUGGUUCCAAAGCCAUUUUGUCAAACAUAGAUAGUGAGAAUUGGGGACGCAUACCCAAGGAUUGUUACAACAUGGAAUCUUUCUUGAGAUCUCUUGUGGGAAUUAUCAGCUGUCUGUGGACAGCUUCUUUGUUUAUUUUGUCAUAAAUAAUCUCUGUUAAUCAGUUCCUGAGCUCAAGAAUUAUUGAGCCCAAGAAAUACUACAGAUCAGUUGAGAAUUAUCAAGAAGAAAUGAUUUUGGCCAAGAAGACUUAUUGUUCCCGCAGCAAAUGUGUAUUAGCCAUAUUUGCACGAGAACCAGUUUAUGGAGGCAUGCUCCCACCAUUGCACUUUUGGUUGGUAACCUAUAUCAGCUUGGUAAAUUUCUCAUGCUAAGCAGUUGGGGUUGAUCCCUUACUGAGUUAGAUGGUCACGCCAGAUGUAUUUGUAUAUAUAUCCUUAUAUAUAGCCUGUGCAAAUACGUGUUUAAGUAUACUACAGUGGUUAAACUGUGUGUUAAUGUUUUCUUGACAUACUGCAGACUUCUCAACAGAAAGUAUAUGUUUUAUUUAUAGAACUGCCAACAAUGAGUUGGAAAUGACCGGGAGAAUAUAAUUACUCAAUAUUUAUGCGAGCAUUCCCUGGACAAGAAUAAUGGUUUUCACGAAGGAAGCAUAUGCAGUUAGGACAGUAUCCUCUUCGAGAUAACUUUAAGCAGGAAUGAAGGUCCAAGAUCAGAGGGUUUUUUUCUGCCACACUCUCAGCUCUAACAACUUGCCUGUCUCAGCACAAAAGCUGGUUUUUAUCUGAACUGACUGGGGCUGUCCCCCCGACCGUGGUUCAUUUCCGGCAUCACUUUUGUCUCAAUUUGGACCCUAGAGCGUUUCUACUGAAGAAAAUGGAGCUGUGGUGAGAGUAGCCCAAAGCUGAAGAUGUAGUCGUUGAUUUUUCCUUGCAACUCAUUUCACUUAGAACCAAAAACGACUAUAUUAAAAGUUACAGAAUUGCUGUUCAGGCGUAUCACGUCAAAUAUUUGAAAACCCAUGGCCAAGUUGUACAUAUUCCUAGGCCCUGUGUAUGUAUUUAAUUUAUGUUCCACCCAUAGUCACUGUUUAUGUAGCACUGACAGGCUUAGUUACGGACCGUAGAAACCUUACAACAGCGCUGAAAACAAGUGUAAAAAAGUGCAUUGCGUAGAAUUAUAUAUCGCAGGAGAGAUUAUGUACUCGCAGUGUUGGGUUUUUUUUUGGUCGUUCGUUGUGUGAACAAUAUGUAGACCGGAAACGGAUGUGACGACAGUUCUGCAGAGCUUGGCAGUGUGUAUUUAUGUUUCUGUACAGUUUUGUGUAAUAAUACCCAAAAAAUGUCAAUGCAAUAAAAACAGAAAUGGAAAGAUUGCAAGAUA